AUGUUAUAUUGUAAGUUCAGACCCAGACAGGCCAAGCAGACCAGACCAAAUAGCAGCAAAGCAGACCAGGGCCAGCAUACCAGACCAGACCAAGACCAGGUAGAGCAGACAGGCCAAGCAUACCAGACCAAUAGAGCACACAGGCCAAGCAGGCCAAGCAGACCAGCAAAUAGACCAAGCAGGGCCAGACAGACAAGCAGACCAGUAGACCAAGACCAGCAGACAGGCCAGACCAGACCAAAUAGACAGCACCAAGCAGACCAAGCAGGACAGGCCAAGCAGACCACGACCAAAAAGAGACCCACACAGGCCAAGCAGACCAGGUACCAAGCAGGCCAAGCAGACCAGACCAAACCAGACCAACAGGCCCAGACCAAGCAGACAGGCAACAGACCAAACAGAGCACACAGGCAAGCAGGCCAAGCAGACCAAGAUAGAGCAGACAGGCCAAGCAGACCAGACCAAAGAGACCAAAAGGCCAAGCAAACAGACCAAGCAGACCCAGGCAAGCAGACGAGACCAAACCAAGAAGACCAAGCAGGCCAGGUAGCAGGCCAAGCAGACCAGACCGGAAAAGGUUUAGGAUAG